AAAAUGGUGCCUCGUCUGAGGCAACGCGUUUGUCUGGAAAGUUUAAGAAGAGAGCUCCAGCUCGUCGCCGUCUCUACACCUCCUCCGCCGCCCUCGCUCGCUGUCAAGGACUCUUGGAAAGGGACUUUUCGUGUCGAGACAGACGACAAUUGCGACUUUGCGACUACUGGUUGCCAGACUGCUAGUGUAGGAGAUAAAAUCCCGGGCUUCAGGACCUCUGCUGGUAUGCAUAAAGCUCAAUCUACCCGAGGCUGUUGUACUUGUACCUGUGCAACGUCUCGGGCUUCUCAAUUGUGCUUGGUUCUGAUGUUUUGUGGUUGGUANGUGUUUUUCACGUCUCUUCGAAGCAAUCUCCACUUGGGCGCAUCGCCCCCACCUUCGCCAAUGUCGACACCNCCGAGUAUGAGCGCAAGCGCCUCGCUGAUCGGCCCACCCUCUCCUCUACAGAACGCAGUCGACGAUGGCUCCGAAGUGCCUGAAGGGCCUCUUUCAGGGAUUCCAGAUCUCAAAACAUAUGUCGCAGAGACAGAAGAGGAGAAAUUGGCUGCCUUGAAGCUGGUUGCCGAUGGAGUCGCACAGAUGCGCCAGACAGCCAAUCGCAUCCUGAUGUUCCACCCUUUGAACUUGGCUGUCUUCAUUGCCUUUUUGGCCUUCGUUGUCCAGUACCUCUACAAGACCCGUGGCGAUUAUGGCGUUGUGCUCACCACAUCUUCUGGACUUAUAAUGGCUGCCAUGGUCACCGUCCGUCGCUACACCAACCCGUACAUCGCCAUCGCAGAAGAAACCCACAUCAGCAUGGUGGAAGACGCCGAUGUUUUGGUGACAAAGUUUGGCGAUGAGGUGAUUGGGACAGUCAUCGUGGGUUGGACAGACGCAGACACAAAGGGCAAGAAACGCAAGUCGAGAGCCGAGAUCAAGGGCUGGGCAGUAAGACUACGAUACCGCGGCAAGGGCGAGGGCGUGGCCCUGCUUCAAGAAGCCGUCAACUUGGCCAAGAAGGAGGAUGCUGACAGCAUCUCAUUUGCGCCCGACCACGCAAAUUCCAAGCGCGUUCUUUGGGACUUUUACAACGGACCCUUCAACAAGAGAGAGAGGAAGGCAGAAGCAAAACUGCAAGCUCUGUGGGACAACAACGCGAAAAGCAAAUCCAAGUCGAAGAGAAGAUGA